UCCCGCUAGGCUUUGUGCGCAUGCGCGGUGCAGGACGGCGCGGAGACCAUUUCCUCUAAAGCUACAGAGGCCUCUUCGCCACACAAACACUCGUAGCAUGAUAGCCGGGGACACGGACUAGCGUGUGAAGUCUUAAGACGUGUUUUGGGAUUGCCGAGGACAUCAACCAACGCCAAACCCGGAUGCUGCCCGCAGGAGUCACCCCAAUGGGCCGCCAUCGCUAAUUUGUCGCAGCCUUGGUCAACACCGCAGCGGGAUCCCUUUUUCUGGGAGGCUCUGAUGGUACUGACUGCACAUUGAGCACCACCUGCCUGAGGUCACCUGCUCCCCACAUCCUCUCAUCAUGUCCGGGAUCCAUGCGCCCUGGUCGACGGGCACCGAAUGUGUGGCCAAGUAUAACUUCCAGACGGCCAACGAACAGGACCUGCCCUUCUGUAAAGGAGACGUGCUGACCAUCAUCGGAGUCACCAGGGAUCCCAACUGGUACAAAGCAAAGAACAUAGUGGGCAGGGAAGGCACCAUUCCAGCAAAUUAUGUCCAGAAGAGGGAAGGAGUCAAGUCCGGAGGGAAGCUCAGUCUCAUGCCCUGGUUCCACGGGAAGAUCACCCGGGAGCAGGCGGAGCGGCUCCUCUACCCGCCGGAGACGGGUCUGUUCCUGGUGAGGGAGAGCACCAACUACCCCGGCGACUACACCCUGUGCGUCAGCUGCGACGGCAAAGUGGAGCACUACCGCAUCAUCUACCACAACGGCAAGCUCACCAUCGACGAGGAGGAGUACUUUGACAACCUCAUGCAGCUGGUUGAGCAUUACACCAAAGACGCCGAUGGCCUCUGCACCAGCCUCAUCAAACCCAAGCUGAUGGAGGGCACCGUGGCGGCGCAGGACGAGUUCUCCAGGAGCGGCUGGGCCUUGAACAGGAAGGAGCUGAAACUCCUGCAGACCAUCGGCAAAGGAGAGUUUGGAGAUGUCAUGGUGGGAGACUACAGAGGGACCAAAGUGGCAGUCAAGUGCAUCAAGAACGACGCCACAGCGCAGGCUUUCAUCGCAGAGGCCUCCGUCAUGACGCAACUGAGACACAACAACCUGGUGCAGUUGCUGGGAGUCAUCGUGGAGGAGAGGGGAAGCCUCUACAUCGUCACGGAGUACAUGGCCAAGGGCAGCCUCGUGGACUACCUGCGGUCCCGAGGGCGGACGGUGCUGGGCGGAGACUGCCUGCUAAAGUUCUCACUCGACGUGUGCGAGGCCAUGGAGUACCUGGAGGCCAACAACUUCGUCCACAGAGACCUGGCGGCUCGCAACGUGCUGGUGUCGGACGACAACAUCGCCAAGGUCAGCGACUUCGGCCUCACGAAGGAGGCCUCUUCCAUACAGGACACCGCCAAGCUGCCGGUCAAAUGGACCUCCCCCGAAGCUCUCAGAGAGAAGAGGUUUUCCACCAAGUCAGACGUGUGGAGUUACGGAAUCUUACUGUGGGAGAUCUACUCCUUCGGCCGCGUGCCUUACCCUCGAAUUCCGCUGAAAGAGGUGGUGCCCCGGGUGGAGAAGGGCUACAAGAUGGACGCCCCCGACGGCUGCCCGCCGGUGGUUUAUGACCUGAUGAAGCAGUGCUGGACCCUGGACCCGGUGGUGCGGCCGUCCUUUCGCAUGCUGAGGGAGAAGCUGCAGCAUAUCAGAGCCAAGGAGCUCUACCUGUGAAGCGGCGGCGAGGAGAGGGGAUGGUUGGGGGGCGGGGGGGUUGGGGGCGUGUGGGAGGGGGCGGGGGCAGCCCACACCACAAGACAAAGGGACCACAGUGACACUUCCUCUCCAGCCUGUGGGACUGCCUCCCUCCACUUCCUUCCCCUUUUAAGGAGCGUUUUCCUGUUUGUGUUGUAAAGCUUUGGCCAUGUUUCCUUGUCUUCUUCUCUUCCUCCUCCUCCUCUUCCUCCCGCCCCGCCUCCACCCCGCCUCCACCCCUCCUCUGUUGAACACGGCAUUAACUGGAGGGGAGGCUGGCCUUUUCCUCCACGUUUGUCAGGUGCUUGCUGUCCUCUUCCGUCAUCCCCCUUUUCCUGCCUGCAUGCCCCCCCCCCCCCUCCCUCUCUGCUGGGCGUGGUGUCGGGUGUGGGGCCUUCGCUCUGUGCCAAAGUGCCUCCAGACGUCCCUCCAGCACUGUGGUCUUAUUUUUUUUAUGACUUCAUCUUUUUUUUUUUUUUAAUUGCUUUCUUCUUUUCAGGGAGGUUAUCAAACCAUUUUUUUAGUGCCGUCUCCCCCAUUUUUUGUGUCUACAACGAGAGAGUAAACUUUUUUUUUUUAAGGGAGGGGGGGACAGUAUCAUGUUUGUCCUCCAGCUAAGACUUAAUAUUGGGAGGAACCAUGAGUAGAGACGAGGGGGGGUCAUGACAGUAUAACAGGAAGAGGAGGAGGAGACCCUGAACAUGUGGUUUCAUCAUAAUACGUGGGCUUGGUUUUUUUUUUAUAUCAAAAUAUAUUUAAAGGAUUACAAAAAAAAAAAAAAGACAAACUGACUGGGGCAGAGAAUUUACAAAACAAAAAUGGGCGGGGGGGGGGGUGUUGGGAAUGUUGAGCGGGAACGUGGCGGUUGGUUGGUGCAUGCUGUGUGUGAGAGGCCUUCCAUUCAACUGUCAGUGCUUUCAAUGUUCAUUGUUUUAUUAUGCUAUCAUGAAUAAAUCAUUCCAUCUGACACGGAUGGCCCUUGACAUCUUAGAAAACCCAGGGGGGGGGGGGGGCGCAUUGGGAACCAGUGCCAAAAAUGUAAUAACAUCACAAAAAUAUAGUUAUUAGGGCUCACCAUUGAUUAUAAUAUUGAGAUUAAUCGCAUUGGUCCAUAGUUCACUCAAUUAAUCGCAGCUAAGUGUACCUUCUGGAAGAUUGUUUUUAAUACGCCUAUCAACAUGGAACUGGAUCAUAUGUUUGCUUCAUGACAUUUUUCUUUAUGAAACAAUAUUUUUCAACACAAAAUGGACCAACACAAUGUACAACAAUGGCGACUGUUGACCACGCCCAUAUCAUUACCAUAUUACAUUGUGACAAACAUUACAAAUAAAACACACCGACUAAGUGAAAUGAAAACACAAAAAUAUCACAGUAUCCUUUGUGAUUUUUCAGCCCCCCCCCCUCCCCAACGCAAGUUGUCAGUGUCACCAUCAGGCUCUGACCUCCUGGAGAUGCUGCUUUGUUGUUGCUGUCCUUCCCAUCACUCUCUGCAGCGCCGACGGUCCUCAACCGGGGGGGGCGGGGGAUUACAUAAUCGCUGAAGCGCCCACAGCCGCGACCGUCCCGACCCCGGUCACGUGACGCCGGCUCCGGCCCGCCACCCCGAUGCGGUCGCACGUGUCUCACCAAAAGCAACACGACCCCCCUGCCAAGCAUGAAGGUACCCCACACGGCCCACGACACCUUUUGGAAACGCAACCAGGGGAUUGAACACUACUUUACUUUUUAAUAACUGUUUUUUUUUGUUUGUUUUGUUUAUGAUGGCCAGGGAAACUCUUGACCUUUUGACCCUCGAUGAUGUGACCACAUCAUAAUUUUAGUCCACUGUCUUGAAUGGUAGCAUCCAAAUCUUAUUUGUUCAUAUCCGUGCUUUUUUUUUCUUGCCGUUUCUCGUAUUUCUAAUUGAACACAAACAAAUUUCUUCCUUUUUUUGCGUUAAUUCAAACAUCAAAUGCAAGCGUCUCUAAAACAGCCGUUAAAAUAAAACAAAAACGCUGAGCGUCCAGUUGGAAAUAACAAAGGUUUGUCAAUUAUUCUUAUUAAUUUUUAUGCAAUUUAUUAUUUUUUGUACAUUUUUUUUAAAUACAUUUCACAAAAUUGAAAUCCCCAAACAUUAGUGUAAAAAAAAAAAUAGUGGUAAAGAACUGUAAUUGACCCUUUUUGCCACUAGGUGGAACUAGCACACUUCAUUUGACUUUUGCAGCGUGUGCAUCAGAAUGCAUGAGGACAGUGCUGAACAUGCCCUGUGGAAUACAUUGUGGUCCUCUACCACUGUCUAAUCCCCUCAUAAGAUGUCUACUAUUGUACUUUAGUUUAAUAAUGACACUCUGAAAGUGUAUAGAAACACACAAAGGAGCUUUAUUUAACCGUAUUCUUUUGGCGUGCUGGAAUCUGUGAACCAGGAAGUAGGGAUGCGCCGAUAUCGAUACUCCCGAUACCAGCUACCCGUGUGCUAAAGGCGAUUCUCAAAUUGGAAGUAUUGAUGCUUUUUAAUUGUUUUUAAUUAACAAUUUUUAUUUUUUAUUGUUUAAAAUAGUAUUUUCACUAUUUUUGAUGUCAUUUUGUCCUGAGGUGAUAUAAUAGUAACAUUUUUAGUU